CAAAAUUCUGUUAGCCUCUCAUUAACAGAAAAUUCUGUUAACUGAAAUUCAGAGUGACCAAGGAGAAAAUAACAAAAAAUAUGACGGAAAAUAUCGCGAUUUCGGUAUAAUUUUCAGGGAAAAUAUCGAUAAUAUUAUCGACAACAACAAAAACCCAGACCAUUUUAGAAUCUUUUUUCCAAACAAACCGAGGCGGCGCCUUUGAAGUCCAUUUACAAGUGCAGCAAUUGUUUACAUUGGACCCACCCACGCGACGCGACGCGGCCAACGAACCAGAGACAAGGCAGCUCCACUCCACGCGCUAAAGUCGACAGGAUGUCGGGCACCAUACUGGAGAACCUGAGCGGCCGCAAGCUGUCCAUAUUGGUGGCCAGCCUGCUGCUGUGCCAGGUGCUGUGCUUCCUGCUGGGUGGUCUUUACGCCCCCCUGCCCGCCGGCCAUGUGACCGUGCUGGGAUCGCUGUGUCGCGAGGAUCACACCCGUCAGAACGACACCGGCUUCCUGCUGUACUCGCGCGGGGCUGGCGCCUGCACUCCGGUGGUGCGGGAGGAGGUGGAGCGGGACCCCAUGAAGAUGGCCAACGAGCUAGUGCACGUGUUCCAGAUGCCACUGCCGCGCGAGCAGCGCGACCUGGACUACUCCCGCUGGCAGCAGAAUCUUAUCGGGGUGCUGCAGGUGGAGUUCGGCUACGACUCCUCGUCGGAGCUGCGCGAGCCGCCACGGGAGCUGCAGUUGACCAUUGAUAUACGCCUGGCCUACCGCAACAAGGGAGAUCCUGCCAAUGCCUGGAAGUUGUACGCACAUGGAGUGGAACACCGAUACCUGGACUGUGUCACCGCUCAUGUGGGUUCCACGGAGACGCUGUACUCCUGCGACAUGAUCCCGCUGUUUGAGCUGGGCGCCCUGCACCACAGCUUCUACCUGCUGAACCUGCGCUUCCCGCUGGACACGCCGCGGCAGAUGAACCUGCAGUUUGGCCACAUGCACGAUCUCACGCUGACGGCUAUCCACCAGAAUGGAGGCUUCACCCAGAUCUGGCUGUUGCUGAAAACGGUUCUAUUUCCCUUUGUGGUGGGCAUCAUGAUCUGGUUCUGGCGACGGGUCCACCUGCUGCAGCGCUCGCCGGCUCUGCUUGAGUACAUGCUGAUCUAUCUGGGAGGCGCCUUGACCUUCCUCAAUCUGCCGCUGGAGUACCUAUCCCUGGCCGUGGAGAUGCCUUACAUGCUGUUGUUGAGUGACAUCCGCCAGGGCAUCUUCUACGCCAUGCUGCUCUCCUUCUGGCUGGUCUUUGCCGGCGAGCACAUGCUCAUCCAGGAUGCGCCCAACAAGUCUACCAUCCGAUCGCGCUACUGGAAGCAUCUCUCUGCCGUGGUGGUCGGCUGCAUCUCCCUGUUUGUCUUUGACAUCUGCGAGAGGGGCGUGCAGCUGCGCAAUCCCUUCUACUCCAUUUGGACCACUCCACUGGGCGCCAAGGUGGCCAUGACUUUCAUCGUGCUGGCUGGAUUAUCCGCGGCUAUAUACUUCCUCUUCCUGUGCUACAUGAUCUGGAAGGUGUUUAGGAACAUAGGGGAUAAGCGCACCUCGCUGCCAUCCAUGUCUCAGGCCCGGCGACUGCAUUAUGAAGGUCUCAUUUAUCGAUUUAAAUUUCUAAUGCUGGCCACCUUGCUGUGCGCCGCUCUGACCGUGGCCGGUUUCAUCAUGGGUCAAAUGGCCGAGGGCCAGUGGCAGUGGAAUGAGAACGUGGAGAUCCAGCUGACAUCCGCCUUCCUGACCGGCGUCUACGGCAUGUGGAACAUCUACAUCUUUGCCCUGCUCAUCCUGUACGCACCCAGCCACAAGCAGUGGCCGACCAUGCAUCACAGCGACGAGACCACGCAGUCCAAUGAGAACAUUGUAGCCUCGGCUGGCAGUGAGGAAAUCGAGUUCAGUCACCUGCCCUCCGACUCAAAUCCCAGCGAAAUCUCAUCCCUGACCUCGUUCACCCGCAAGGUGGCCUUCGAUUAGGCAAACGCUUUUUAUUUUGGGUUGUGUGCCAAGCGGAGAUCCGAUCCCCGAUCCGAUUUUGCCAGCACUGCAAAGCUAUCCAAGCUUUACGUGUGUGCUCAUUUUAUUAGCAUUUUAGAUUUUAGUCAGUAGCAUUGCAUUUCUUGCCUAGUUUUUCAACAACAACAACAACGCGAUCAGCAUUAUUUUCUUGACCUUAAUUAUAUAUAUAUUAUUGUGUAGGUUCUCUCUCAGCAUGCUCAAAGUGUUUACGAUUUUAUCAAUUGUAUUUUAUCGGCAGUAUUAUCUAAUGAAGUCCAUUUUGCUAGCUCCUAAGUCUUUACAUAUUUAUAUAAACACAUUUUAUACAAGCAUUAAGGUGGUUAUCUGUACUUAAAAUUCAUAAAAAAAAUGCAACUACAAUAUUUCUUUUACCUUGGAUUUCAAAUCUAAGAUGAUUUUUCACGUCCAAUAUCAAAUCAGUCAGCCGAAAGCCAAUAAAUCCUUACGAUUUUACAUUUAUAAACUAACCACCUUAAUAAUUAAUAUCAAAUAGAAUCUCUGCUCUGAUUUUAUAACAAAAAGUAGAGGGAUUUCUUACUCAAGUAGCAAUGCAUCGAAUAAAAAGCAAUAUUGAAAAUGCCAA